AUGGUGUUGGAUGCCCAUGAUGGCCUGGCGAUUAAGGCAUUCACAUGUGUGCUUAUCGUCCUAACGUCUUAUCUUGCCAUCCGUACGAUGUACCGUACUAUCCGCCAUAUGCUCUCGAUGGUCACCUUCAUGAUCCGGUGGGGGCUUGUUCUAUACUUACUCUUUUUCCUAUGGCUAUGGUGGACAGAGGGGCGAGAUCAAAGUGGAUUACACCAAAGCUUAGCGGCCACCUAUUCGAUGGUGCAAAACGCCGGCGUCGCCGCUGCAACGCUUCUGUGGCAACUAUCUCAGCGGCCUGAUACGUGGCAAUCCAUCGCGCGCCAUGCGCAUUCUGUCCUGCAGCCAUCCAAGCCCAAACAUCGACGAACGCCCAAGCGGAGGGGCACGCACGCGGCCGAAGACGACCUGGCGGAGCUCGUUCAUGCCCUUGGCUGGGAAAAGUGGCUCGACUCGCUUGUAUAUCCCCAGAAAAACAAGAAACGAUGGAAUCCUAUGCCCACCGGAUGGAAAUAA